UUUCUCCUUUCUUUCUCUCUCUCUUUUUCUUAACCAAACCCGGUUCGGUUCGAAGAGCCUAUUUGGAACCCAAAAACCGGCGAUUCGAACCGGUUGGACAAGUCUUGCCCUAACACCCAAUUUCUACCUGUUUCUUUUUCUCAAACUUCCAACUCGAUUUCUUCUUCCGGCGCUCCCACCACCUUCGUCCGUCGCCCUCUUCUUACUCGGAUUAGUCGCAGGCUUCGUAAGUUCAAUCCUUGCAGUUUCGUUUACUAACACUACUACCAAGCCAAAGCUAUCGCCAUGGCUGGGAACAGUGCUGUUAUAGGGCUUUCGUGGCAACCAAAACUUGAUUUGUUUUCAUCCGCUAAAAAAGAAAAAGGUUCUGUUGAUGGUGCUGAAUCCAGUGCACUUUACAAACCCGAGUCUAUGCUUGUUGAUGGUCUUUUUGUUCCACCCAAAGAUCCGAGAAAGAUGAACAAAUUGUUGAGGAAACAGGUCAAGGACACCGCUGGAAAGAAUUGGUUUGAUAUGCCUGCCCAAACUAUAACUCCUGAACUGAAGAAGGAUCUCCAGUUAUUGAAGCUGAGGGGCGUCAUCGAUCCAAAGAGGCACUACAAGAAGGGUGACACAAAAUCAAAAUCGCUUCCUAAGUAUUUCCAGGUGGGUACUGUGAUAGAACCCGCAUCCGAGUUCUACGCCAGUCGACUCACUAAGAAGCAGAGGAAAGCCACCAUUGCUGACGAGCUGCUUUCUGAUAGCAAUCUUCACAGUUAUAGGAAACGAAAGGUUAGAGAAAUUGAAGAGGUGAAUCGCCCUGCAGGGGUCGACCAAUGGAAGAUAAAGAAAUCUUCAAAGCGUGGAAAGAGUAACACAAAGAAACAAAGGUAUUGAUGCAAUCUGGCUUGGUUCCCCGGUUUACUCUUUAGUUUGUCGAACAAAGCAGGGUAGGGAAGGUCAUACUAUUUUACAUACCAGCCCCUAGUGGUAACUAAAUUUAUAGGUCGGUUGGUAUUACAUGAAAAGGGACACAUUUGGGCUGUUUCAUGUCUCUAGAUUUGCAGGUGGCUUCAUACCAAAUUCCUACAAAUUCGUACCUAGUGUAUUUCGGCUACAAUCAAACUAAAAUGAGCUUUUGAUCAA